UUGGUUAAGUAUUUGGAGAAUGGAACUGGAUAAUAUUACAUUAUAAAAGCGUACGCGUAUCGAUAAACAGUGUUACAUUUUUUUAUAAGUUAGUGUCGAAAGAAAUAUAAUUUUUUCUCUAAAUUAAUAUCUUCCGUUAGUAAAGAUUUUUUUUCGGUUUUACACCAUAUUUAUUUUUUGUUAAAUUAUUAAUAAAAUCAACAAAAAUGGAGAGAAGAUUUAUGAAUGUUAUUUUACUUGGUUUCGGUUUCAUGUUUGUGUUUACCGCAUUCCAAACCAUGGGAAAUAUAGAGAAAACAAUAUUGGACAGUAUCACCCAGGAUGACAGCACAUUCACAGGAGAUGGGUACACGUCCCUCGCCAUCAUAUACGCGACGCUGGCUAUCUGCAACUGGAUGGCUCCCUCCGUGAUCACCAUCACUGGGCCCAGGGGGGCUAUGCUGAUCGGUGCUUUGACUUACCUAUUCUUUAUAAUAACGUUCCUAUUUCCAAAAACAUGGCUUCUCUACGUGGCCAGUGUGCUGAUCGGUGCUGGAGCAGCAGCUAUAUGGACCGGCCAGGGCAAUUACCUGACUUUGAACAGUGAUGCAGACACGAUCUCGAGGAAUUCUGGAAUCUUUUGGGCUAUGUUACAAUGCAGUCUAUUCUUCGGCAACCUAUUCGUAUUUAUAAAGUUCCAAGGCAAGACGCACAUAGACGUGGAGACGCGGAAUGUGGUGUUCGGCGCCUUAACAGCCGUGUGUGCUGUGGGGAUCGUCUUCUUGUUGCUGUUGAGGCCGAUCCGAAGAGCGCCCGCGUUGGAUGAUGGAAAGUGCGAAAUUGUGAGCGAGUCGGAAGGUCCUUUGGACGCUUUCAAGGGAGCCAUCAAGUUGUUCUGUACACGGGAUAUGAUGUUCCUGAGCGCCGCUUUUAUUUAUACUGGCGUGGAGUUAUCUUUCUUCAGCGGUGUGUACAGUCCCAGUAUUGGUUUCACGUUAGCUAUGGGUGAAAAUGUCAAGCAAUUGGUCGGUUUGUCCGGUGUCUUCAUUGGAAUGGGCGAAGUUCUUGGGGGAGCACUAUUCGGUAUCCUAGGCAACAAAACGACCCGCUGGGGACGGGACCCCAUCGUCAUCAUGGGCUACUUCAUCCACAUGACCAGUUUCUUCCUGAUCUUCAUCAACCUCCCCAACGUGGCUCCCUUCGGAGACACCAUGGAUACUUCAUACAUUAACCCAUCUCCAUACUUGGCUAUGUUCUGCAGUUUUCUACUCGGGUUUGGGGAUGCGUGCUAUAAUACGCAGAUAUACUCCAUCUUGGGAGGGAAGUACUCGGAUAAUAGUACGUCCGCGUUCGCUCUGUUCAAGUUCACUCAGUCCCUCGCAGCAGCAGCAUGUUUCUUCUACUCCUCCAGGGCACUCCUCUCCGUUCAACUUGGAGUGUUAGCAGUUCUAGCGUCCAUAGGAACGGCUGCGUUCUGCAGAGUGGAGUGGGCUGACAGAGCCAGGAACAGGCUGACGGUGGAAACCCUGGAUGAUAAGCUGUCUCCAGCUACACAUGCGUUGGCAGAAAAUGCAUUGCACUAUGACUGAAUUGGGCAGGAUAGUUAGGGCUAUAAGGAAAAAUUAAAACGAAUCACGAGUUUCGGGAGGAUGG